AGCCCCUUACGGCGGUCACGCCAGUCACACACUCGCUUGAUCUGCCGAUCUGUGCGCGUCGGUGUACCAACAGCCCAGUGUGCUCUCGCGAACGACAGUGCUUGCGACAGAUACGCCAUGUCACCUGCUUGCCGCGUGAAGCGCCGCCUGCAAGCUUCGCCUCAGCAGCGUCUCAUGAGGCCUUCAAGCUGCAAGCCUGUAAAUUUCCAAGGCCACUUCUGUUCAGGCGGAGCGCGUCCAGAUAGACACGCUGGCUGCAGGCCUGCUGCUUCGUCUUCGCAACGCCCCGAAUGGAAUGACAGCACCAAGGUCCCGGCUGCCUUUGACAAGUUCUGCACAAAGGAGGCUCACAAAAGGGAACGUGCUUUUGGCAAGGCACCUAGGAAGACAGGACGGGGUGCGGAUGCUCUGGUGAAGAUGGACCCAAAGGGAGAAGCGGACAAAUCGAGUAAGCCCGGCGGGUUGGCCCCCCUCGAGUUCCCGGACUUCUCUUUCCUGUUCAAGCUAGUAUGUUUCUCUCCCGACUGUUCUGACGCCGACGGUCAUUUUCAGUGUUGGCCUCUAAAAAAGGUUCGCAGGUUGUAGCAGCCACCUCAUGGCGGAACGCUUUUAAUUGACAUCCGUAUGCUUACGUGUUUUUAAUACUCAUUUUAAGACAAAUGUAAUUUUAUACCCGAUACCUACCUGACUUUACCUGCGUUUUUACUUGCCCGAUGCCUAUAGCUGAUUUUACACAUGAUGUUGACGACGCCUUUUUAAUUUCUUCGGGUUUUAUUGUAAUAAGAGUCGUGAGGUGACGGUAAAUGUUACCUAGCGUGCAGCACUCCUGUUUGCGUAGCGUGCAGCACGCAAUAAUUCCAGUCGUAGGUAUGUGGCGGACAGGAACGUUUGA